AACCUCCUUACCUCUGUGGUUUCGCACCCCUAUUUUACCUCUGGCGAAGUGGAAACUCCGAACGGCGCCGGAUCCGCCGUUGAAAUGAACCGGAGUCAGAGUCGGGGGGUCAGCAAACGAGUAAAGGAAGACACGAAGAUGACACUGCCCUCGCCGAUUUCCUUGCUUCCUUAAUGGACUAUACUCCCACUAUUCCAGAUGAAUUAGUGGAGCAUUACUUGGGUAAAAGUGGUUUCCAAUGCCGUGACGUUCGCUUAAUAAGGUUGGUGGCAGUUGCUACACAGAAAUUUAUUGCAGAUGUUGCCACUGAUGCUCUCCAGCAUUGCAAGGCAAGGCAGUCAGCUAUUGUCAAGGAUAAAAGAGAUAAGCAGCAAAAGGACAAACGCCUUAUCUUGACGAUGGAUGGUCUUUCAAAAUCUCUACGAGAGUAUGGUGUGAAUGUCAAACAUCAAGAAUACUUUGCUGAUAGCCCGUCUGCUGGGUUAGAUCCUGCUUCAAGAGAGGAAUGAUGUAUUGCCUGCCUACAAAUCUCUGUAAUCACAUUUGUCGUCUUCUGAUGGUCGCGAGGGCAUUGUCUUGUCAUCUUCUACAUAUCUCUCAAGCUAUAUAUGUGUUGAAGGAUACAACUUUUGACUACUUUGUCUGAUUUGCUUAUCAAUGUUAGCUGUAGUUG